AUGCUUCUGAGCCUCCUCUUAGCUUAUUCGGCGGGCGCUGCACCUGCAAGUGCACUAAUUGGACGAUCGCUUGAACGUCGAGGUCCACAGACGGCAGCUGUCUGCAGCACUGACUUUACAUGGGCAGAUAAUUCGAAAGGUGUAUCGCCGUGCUUGUUGGCGGCCGUGGUGCUUGGAGCUUGCCAGGGUGGAAAUUGGAAUGUCCCCGCGCUUGUAAACCCAACGGACAUGUACACCAACCCGAACUCGAGCACGGCAAACGUCUGUACAUGUUCAUGGUUAGCUUACAAUCUUUUGGGUGCUUGUGCAGACUGUCAAGGUUUCCCACAAGCGGUGCAGAACGAGGCGCCUUAUUUCCAAUCAUGCCAAGGUUUUACGACCACAACGAAUAGCUACUUUCCCAGCAAUUUUUCUCUUCCUGAGGGUACGCUCAUCCCCUACUGGGCAACCUAUGAUCCAUCAACAUGGCCAUCCCAACACUUUGAUGCAACGACAGCCAAGAGCAUUGCACAACAAGAACACCCUGAUGUCAGCAAUUCCCCCACCCCGUCGUCGAAAAAGAAAACGCCAAUUGGCGCUAUCGUUGGUGGUGUUGUAGGAGGAGUCGUUGUGAUCGCAUUGGCUGUUGGUAUCGGUCUUUACAUAUGCACACGAAGACGACGAACUCCUAAGCAACAGCCAGUUUCUCCACCCUUAACCAUGGGGCAGUCCGCACACUUCCGAUCACCCUCUGAUAUGACCAUGGCAUCGACUGGCUCACUGGGCUACACAACCUUAUCAUCAUCGCCAGCCCACCCUGUAGAGCGAAGUGGGACUGUUCGCACUCACAAUACCAGUGCACAUUCGCUGUCGUACUUCAGUUCACCCGUCAGUACUGUUCCCCACACCACGCUACCCACCCCACGACAAACGUCACCAAACCCUUCAAAUCCGGAAGAUAUAAUCGUCCCAUUCCACAUUCCACCUGGCGGCCUCACAAACCCGACUCUUGGGGAUAGGAAGAAUCCAAAUGGGUCUUACCCCGUCUAUGACGCACCCACCGCUCCCCCUAUCAGUAUCCAAAGUCGGACAGAGCCAUCAAUCGGAAGCUCACGGAGGGCGCGCGUUAACCCCCCAGCUUACAGUGCUACGGAUUCCCCAUCCCCGCCACCUCGGGCACAACGAGGUCUACUCAGACAAGGCUCGACGGAUACCCAUCUCACAUACGCCUCUGGUACUCAGAACAACGGCGGAUAUACUGGCAACGAUAGCAGUAUGACUAGUAGCGACAUCAGGAUACCCGAGACGCCGGUUGCAGCCAGUGGACGUGUUGUGGGCGGGCCCAGCAGGGACGCCAAACGUCGGCCGACAAUGGAUAACGACAACGUCAGCAGUGUGGACCCAAGAGAUAUCGCGUAA